AUUGUGUCAAAUAAAUUUACCCACUAUUUUUAUUCAAUCAGAAUUCCCAACUAUCUGGCAAACCCUAAAGCUCUUUCUCUCUGAAGCCACCAGCCCUUUUCCUUUCAUAUUCAUUCACAAUUUGUUUGACAUCACCAUCGUUGUUGUUCUCCAGCACUGUUGCCGACGCCUUUAUUCACCACUUUUGUAAUUGAAUUGAAGCAGGGAAAGAGCCCUAGAUAGCUGCUUACCCCUAUCCCUUUUCCAAAUUGCGUCCCCAUUUAGUGUGGCUGAGUUGCAGCCACAGUCCAGCAGCCCACAGCCUACAGCCCAGCAGCCCACAGCCUACGGCCUUUUUCCUCACCUUCUUCCUAUUUGCUUUGCAAAAUUGCCAUUGGCUAUCCGAACUUGUGAUUCACCUCCAGAGUGCAAUUCACCCGUGGCCAUCAUCUUCCCAAGACCAGGAGAAAUGGUUUCUGGGCUUAUAAAUCCCAAUCCAAUAGUUUAUGAAAGGAAAGAGUGUAGGGUUCGAAGUGUCUCAAGCAAUACUGAUGAGUACGCUGUUGAGCCAAUUGAUCAACAGGAAAUUUUUGAUCAUAUUAGAGACAUAAAAGAUCCUGAGCAUCCUUACUCUUUGGAAGAGCUUAAGGUAAUAACAGAAGAUGCAAUUGAAGUUGAUGACAAACGUAGUUACGUCAGAGUGACAUUUACUCCAACAAUUGAACACUGUAGCAUGGCAACAGUUAUUGGUCUUUGCUUGCGUGUGAAGCUUAUGAGAAGCUUGCCUUCUCGUUACAAGGUGGAUAUAAGAGUGGCUCCUGGAACCCAUGCAACUGAAGCUGCAGUUAAUAAACAACUAAAUGAUAAAGAGCGAGUAGCAGCAGCCUUGGAAAACCCGAACCUAGUGGAUAUGGUUGAUGAAUGCCUGGCACAGUCUUAUGCUUGAGCAUGUUUCUGCAGAAUGUGGUUGCAACCUUAUGCGUUUGUGCAGUCAAUAAUAUCAGUUCUACUGUUGAGUCAUGACCACACAUUUUGUUUCCGAUCAUUUUCUAUUAGUAAACUUUGAUAUGCCUAUGAUUUUAAUAAGGUUGUAAAGCACAAAAUGCAAUUAUAAGUUAUUUGUUUGUCUUGUGGCAGUUACAUAA